CCUGCUGGACACCUCUCAGUGCCGCGGGCGGGUGUGGGCGGAGAGGCUGGAGCUGCCCAACAUAGAUCUUCAUCUUUGCCAACGUCGCAGCUCACAAGUUUUCCUCUGCCAGCCCUCCGUCCUUCUUUCUCUCUCUCUCUCUCGUCGUUCCUCCCCCUCUCUCGCCUCGGGAUACAGCGCUCCUUCCUUGGGCAACUGCUUGGAAAGCUACCGGCCCUCUCUCUCUCUCUACCCUCUCCUUUCCACCAACCCUUGAGAUGUGGCACGCCUGGCUGCUGCUGGUGGCCCUGUCCCUGGCACCUUCCUGGGCAGAGGAAGGCAUCGACAUCCCGGAGUAUGACGGGGUGGACCGGGUCAUCCACCUCACGCCCAAGAACUACAAGCCAGUGCUGAAGAAGUUUGACGUCCUGUGCCUGUACUACCACGAGCCCAUCGAAGAUGACAAGGUGUCCCAGAAGCAGUUCGAGUGGGAGGAGCUGACGCUGGAGCUUGCAGCACAGGUACUCGAGGAGGAGAAUAUCGGCUUCGGAUUGGUCGAUGCAGAGGAGGACGAAGCUGUCGCUAAGAAACUCGGUUUGACCGAGGAAGGCAGUAUCUACGUCUUUAAGGAGGACAAUGUCAUCGAGUACGAUGGAGAGAUGUCUGCUGACACCAUCGUGGAGUUCCUGUUAGAUCUUCUAGAAGACCCGGUGGAGAUGAUCGAUGACGAGGGUGAGGUUGAAGUCUUCGAGGAUAAUGAUGAUGAGUUCAAGCUGGUCGGUUACUUCAAGAACGAAGACUCGGAACACUUUAAAGCCUUUGAGGAAGCGGCUGAGGAGUUCCAGCCCUACAUCGCUUUCUACGCAACAUUUAACAAGCGAGUCGCAAAUGAUCUCGAUCUCAAAUUGAACCAAAUUGAUUUCUACGAGCCAUUUAUGGAUGAAUCUGACACAUUACCAGGAAAAACACAAACAGAGAAAGAAAUUGUAGAUUAUGUGAACAAACAUAAAAGAGCCACUCUCAGGAAGUUGAAGCCUGACAGCAUGUAUGAAACCUGGGAGGACGAUAUAAACGGGAUACACAUUGUGGUCUUUGCAGAGGAAGAUGAUGCAGAUGGCUACGAGUUCCUCGAGGUCGUGAAGGAGGUGGCUGAGGACAAUACCGACAACCCAGACCUGAGCAUCAUCUGGAUCGAUCCGGAGGACUUCCCACUGUUGAACCCUUACUGGGAGAAGACAUUUGAUAUCGAUCUCUCUGAGCCCCAGAUUGGGGUGGUCAAUGUCACAGAUGCAGACAGUGUCUGGCUCGACAUGGACGAAGAUGACUUGCCGAGUCCUGAUGAGUUGGAGGAUUGGAUUGAGGAUGUUCUUUCUGGUGAGGUAAACACCGAAGAUGAUGAUGAUGAUGAUGAUGACGAUGAUGACGACGAUGAUGACGAUGAUGACGACGAUGAUGACGAUGAUGACGACGACGACGAUGACGAUGAUGACGAUGAUGAUGAUGAUGAUGACGACGACGAGUAAUUUAACACCCACGUCACCAAUCCUCAACGCGAUGCCAACAAUCGUCAACCUAUUUAUUGCCAACAACAAAAACCUGGCUCCGAUCUAUAGUGUCUCCUUUUUUUUCUAUCUGUAAAUCUAUAUAACUUUAACAUUUUCUAUUGAAAAAAAAUCAAUAUACAAUCUUGCUGGAAUGGGGAAAAAAAAAUACAGAGAACAAAAGUGAACCAAA